UAAACAUCAGGAACAGCUGGCUGCCUCUGCUUUGCUGAAAGCCAGUGCUGGCGUUGCCUCUUCUGCUGGGCACAUCACGCUUCCCGGCUGGAGAGAAGAAGCGGUGCAUGGUGGUGAUCCUCCGUGGAAAGUAAUGUUGCUGUUUUGUGCAGUAUCUAUUUAACAACUAUGUAAAUGUACAACAAAUGAAAAUAAUAGAAUGAUACCUUUGUAUUUCAAAGUGUAUGGAAGAAUAAUGGUCCAAAUUUAAAUGAGCACAAUAUAAAAGCACAAAUAGUCAUGGCUUCUGAACCAAUCCUAAAACAAGGAGAAACCUCAUCAAAAUCCAUCGUGCUAAAAAAGAAGAAAAAGGAAGUAUCUGCAAGAAAAGAUGAAAAUGAACCAUCCUCACCUGAUUUUAAAACAACAGAUCUACAAAGAUGCAUGGAAGAAAUUACUGAUUUUAUUUGUAACAAUGAAAUACCAAAAGCUGAACUUGUCAGCUUGCUGAAUGAUUAUGUUGAGUCAGAGUUUUUUGUGAUUGAUGGGGAUUCCUUGUUCAUUUCUUGUGCAAAUGGAACAACAUUACAACCAGGACAAAACUUACACUUCUUUUACUUAGUUGAAUGCUUUCUCCUGGAUUUGACAAGCAAAGGGGCAAAAUUUAUCAUUGUUUUCUUUAAGGAUGCAGAAUAUCUAUAUUUCCGAAACCCUCAUCUUAUUUCUCUGCGUAGAGCAUUGAUCAUGCAUCUAAAGAACAACACUGAAAUACCAAUACAUACAGAAUUUCCUAACUGCUUAGAAGACAGCUGGCAGAGUUUUCUGGAAGAGAAUUAUCCUUAUUUCUUAAUAAUUUCAGAUGAAGGGAUGGAUCAAUUGCAGACCAAUUUUUUCCAUAUAUUCAUCAUCCAAACUUUGUCAAAUGAAGUCAAUGUUGUGCUUACUUCAGGACAAGAAUCAGAUGGUAUCAGAGUUUUUGGGUACCUUAUCCAUAGUGUAUCCCGCCACCAUAGCUUUUUUCAGAAGCACAAAGCAACAUUAAAGCAUUACUACAAAGCACUGAUUGAGAACCUGAAACAAUGUAGUGCAAAAGAAUAUCUCUUUGUUGAUGGCUGCCCAAAUCUGGAAGUUUUGAUAGCAAAGCUUCAUAACAAAUUCAGCCAAUUCAAGAAAGACGUGGAAGAUCUUCGGUAUAUUGUCUGCAUUAUCAUUUGCGCACUCAUCCUGGAAAUGCAUGUUCAGAAGUAUAUGAAAACAGCAUUAACACUGCAUGAAAUUGAAGAUCUAAUGAGGAUGUAUUGCCUCAGUGUUGUUUUUCUACACCAUUUGCCCCUUGAGCAGCGAGCUCGGGUUAGAUUUAUUGAUGUCUACUGGAAGAAGGAAACUUUAAGAUUUAUACAGCAGCAUAAACUGUGUGAAUUUCACGUUCUGGAACAUCUUGCCACUCAGACUUCGAGGAAAAUCGAUUUUUCUACCUUGCCCGAUUUAAGUGAUGAUAUUUUGUGGAAGAAUAUUGCUUUCUAUUAUGAAGUAGAAAAAAGCUCAGGAUUUGAUAUGGAUUUAGGAACAAUAAUUAAUAAAGACUACGAACUUCUAUGGAAUCAUAUCAUAGCAUUAUCUGAGUCACAUGAUAUUGGAUCAUCAUUUCCACUGAGGAUAACUUCAUUCUGUUUUCUUGAAAAGGAAUGUUCAUCUAGUAAAAAAGGUAUUGCACCCAAGAUGACACUUAUUAAACUAGGAUUUAUACCAAUGAAGAAUUCCAUAGUGGAUAAAUUUGUUGGAGAUCUUUUAACUGAUUUGCCAUUUUUGAAAAGUGAUGAUCCUAUGGUUACCUCACUUAAAAAACAGAAGAAUUUUGAUGAACUUCAUCACUGGCAUUCAGGAAAACUCCUUAGUGAUGAUUAUGCUAGAACACGUGAAGAUCGAACACCCAAAAACCUAUGGGAUCAACGAAAGAAACAAAAACUGCAAGUUUUUCAACGAUUUUAUGGGCAAUCUCUAGAAGGUAAAAUAUCAAAAACAAUUGCUACUCAAGCAGAUCCUCCAAAGAAGACUGAUACUAAUAGCAAGAAAAGCAAAAAAACCCAAAAAAGCAAAGCAGAAAUGAUUAUUGAGGAGAACCAAAAAAGAAGGAAAUUAGAAGAAGAGAAAAGAGAAGAACGGCAAUGGGCUGUUCUCUCAGUGACAAUUGAAACAAAAAUUAAACAGGACAUUACCUCUGGAAUAAAGUAUUUAGAGGACUUUCUGAAAAAAUGUUUGAGUGCAUCUGUGAAAUGUCGUGCUGAAUUGGCAGCACUAAAUGUUUGCUUCCGCCUAUGGACUGAAUACUGCAGCACAGUAGGAAAAACUGAGAGGGACUUAAAUAUUGCAGCUGAAGUGAUGAGACGGAUCCAUUCAUUGAUUGUAAAUUAUGAUCAUCUGGAUUUAUUGAAAGAGACAGAAUUCCAUCAGAUUGGCAAAUGUCUCUGGGGCCUUGGAUUUGACAAUCUGGCAACUUCUUUAAAAUAUAUGAAGGUAUCAGAAGAUGAGACAGAAGAACUUAAAAAGAAGUAUUCAAAGUAUGCCAUCAGCAUGGGAUCUUCCCGAUUUCAACUGCAGUGUAUGGGGCAUUUUCUUGUACGGGAAGAAAGAAAAGAUCCUGACCCCAGAGUGCAACAUUUUAUUCCUGAUACGUGGCAGAGAGAUCUUCUUGACAUUGUGGAUAAUAAUGAGUCUGCUGUAAUUGUUGCUCCUACAUCUUCAGGCAAAACAUAUGCUUCUUACUACUGUAUGGAAAAAGUCCUGAGAGAUAGCAAUGAAGGUGUGAUUGUGUAUGUUGCACCUACAAAGGCUCUUGUAAAUCAAGUGAGUGCGACCAUUUACAAUCGAUUUAAUAAAGUACUGCCAGCUGGUCUUACAGUAUUUGGUGUUUUUACACGAGAUUAUCGCUAUGAUGCCUUGAAUUCUCAGAUACUGGUAACGGUGCCACAGUGUUUAGAAAUCUUACUACUAUCUCCUCAUCGCCAAAAGUGGGCCAAAAGGAUAAGAUAUGUUAUAUUUGAUGAGGUCCAUUGUCUUGGAGGUGAAAUUGGAGCAGAAGUUUGGGAGCAUCUUCUGGUUAUGAUGCGAUGCCCUUUUUUGGCACUCUCUGCAACCAUAAGCAAUCCCGAGCAACUUGUCGAGUGGCUGCAAUCAGUAAAAAUAUACUGGCAGGAUGCUGAAACUGUGCUACCACAAAAUCCUGGUUCUUAUGCACCUGUUACAAAAGGAGUCAAAGAAAAGAAAGGCCCCAGAGUGCAAAAUAUGUCAUACAAGAUUAAAUUAGUGAUGUAUGGAGAGAGAUAUAAUGAUUUAGAAAAACACAUAUGCUCCUUUAAUCAUGGUGACUUCACAAUCCAUCACUAUCAUCCCUGUGCUACACUGACUGUGGGACAUCUUGAGAGAUAUGGUUUUCCAUGGGAUAUGUCUCUGUCUCCUCGUGAAACUAUGAUAUUGUAUGAUGCUAUGGCAAAAGCUAGGAGGGAUUGGCCGAAGGCCAAUGAACUGGAUCCUGAGGUAUUUUUUAACAACCAAAUUGUAAUCACAAAGAAAGAUGCAAGAUGUUAUGAAACAAAGGUGAAAGAAGAACUUGAAAUGUGGAUUAAACUUGGUAACAAAAAGGAGGCAAAAGAAGUACUGGAAUUCCUCAAGCCUAAGCCUACCUCUUCUUCUGAAAGAGAGAUGACAACAUACUUCCCUCAAUUUGUUGAAAAACUACAUCAGAUGAAUAAAUUGCCUGCACUGUUUUUCCUAUUUAACAUCAAAAAAGUGGAAUAUUUGGCUGAAAAAGUCUACAGUUUCUUAAAGAAGAAGCAAAGGAGAAAUGAACAAUGUGCUGAAGGACAAUGCAGUUCCAAAGAAGACAAUCAUGUAGAUAAGCAGAGCUCAAAUUCAAAGAAUCUAAAGAAAAUAUUUAAAAAAACAAAAAAGUUUCACAAAGCUCUAGAGAAAUUGCCAUCUAACCAUACGAAAUCUAUCAGUGAAGUUGAAAAACUUUUUGUUAUGAAAGCUGAGUUUGAUGACAUAAGAAAGUAUGUGCAGAAAAUUUUAAAAGUUCCUCCUGAGUGCACAUAUGCAAAUCCGCAAGCUGUUGAUACUGAGUUUUUAGACAAAGUGUUUUAUGAGGCAAGAUUCCUGAGAAGGCACAGAGUACUGAAAACACUGGCCCUAAAGGGCAUUGGAUAUCACCAUACUUCUGUGGAAAGGAAAGGGAAGCAGCUGGUGGAGAUGCUUUUCAGGAAAGGAUUUGUUCAGGUGGUGACAGCCACGGGAACCUUGGCUUUGGGAAUCAACAUGCCAUGUAAAUCUGUUGUUUUUGUAGAAAAUUCUGUAUAUUUGGAUGCUCUGAACUACAGGCAGAUGUCUGGACGGGCUGGGCGACGUGGCCAAGAUUUGUUGGGAAAUGUCUAUUUUUUUGACAUUCCUUUGCCCAAAAUAAAGAAACUCAUAAAAUCAAAUGUUCCUGAACUUCGAGGACAGUUUCCUCUGAGCAUUUCUCUAAUAUUGAGACUCAUGCUAUUGGCUUCAAAGGCAGAUGACAAGAAGGAUGCAGAAGCAAAGGCUUUAUCAGUAUUGAAGCAUUCACUUCUAUCCUUCAAGCAACCCAGGGUUCUGAAAAUGUUGAAACUCUAUUUCUUGUUUUCCUUACAAUUUCUUGUGAAAGAGGGAUAUGUAGAUCGAGAAGGUAAUGCAACUGGAUUUUCUGGACUUGUAACUCAUCUACAUUACCAUGAACCUUCCAAUAUUGUUCUAGUUGCAUUUCUCGUGAAAGGGCUGUUCCACAAAUUAUGUGAACCCAGUGAAAUAGAUGGAUCAAAGGUUUUCUCUUGUGAUGUGAUGGAAACAUUGGUGCUAGUGUUGGCACAUCUUUUUGGAAGAAGAUCUCUUCCUGCUGUUAAUUCUGGAAGGAAGUUUUACCAGUCAAAGGUGUUUCUUAAAGAUCUCCCAGAAGAUUUUGCUGAUGCUUUGCAUGAAUACAAUUGCAAAAUUGAAGAGAAUUUUAGACAAUUUCUGCAGAUAGUGUCUUCUUUGGCUGAUAUGGAGCAAGAAUACAAACUGCCACUUUCAAAACUUGAUUUUUCAAGUAAGAAGCAACCUGACUCUCCGCUUGCAUCUCACUUAAUGAGUUGUGAUGAGGGAAGGACAGCAGUUUCACCAUUUGUGUGCCUUUCAGGAAAUACAGAAAUUGAUUUGUUCCGUGCAGAGACUGUCAACAGUGUCAUUUUGCGCACAAUCGGCAUUAAAGCUGCCAACAUUCCUAUCUUCAGUUCAAAGAAAUAUGACACGCAGGGAAGAAUUAUGCCACUGAAUGCCUAUGUUCUUGAUUUCUACAAACAUGGAUCUUUGGUAGCAAUAGAACAGGACAACGGUAUACAUGCAGGAGAAGCUUAUCAUUUGCUGAAGGACUUUUCCCUUGCUCUUAAAGCAAUCAGUGUUUCUUUGCGUGAACUUUGUGACAAUAAAGAUGAUAAUGUUGUUCUGGCAUUUGAGCAAUUAAGCAAGGACUACGAUCAUAAAUUCAAAAAAGUGUAAGGACACAUCAAGAAAUGACCAUUGUGGACAAAGAAGCUAAAACACACUUAUUCAACAGAAAUAAAAGAGAAUUGGUAUAAAAUGUUCUAUAUGUGGUAUCUCAUGUUGGCAAAAUAUAACAAAGGAGGAAAGGAUGAGAAAUGUUGGAAGUGUAGAAAAAACAAGGGAAAUUUUAUGCACAUGUUGUGGAAGUGCAAAAAAGUUAAAAGGUACUGGCAUCAAGUAUAUAAAAAUAGAGACAAUUCUUCACCUAAAAUUUGAGUUCAAACCCAAAUAUUUCCUACUAGGAAUGAUGGGUUUUGAGAUGGAGAAAAACACGAAUAAGUUAUUUAUUUGGUAACAGCAGCAAGGAUCAGUUUGACCCAACUAUGGAAAACACAAGACAUACCCACUAUGAAACAAUGGAUUCUAAAAGUAAUGGAUAUCAUGAAUAUGGAUUUACUACACAAAACUAGCCCAGAACAAUAUACAAUCACAAAGAAUGGAUUGGGGAAAAUUUAGGGAAUUUUUAAAAAGUGAAAAUAUAAAAAUAUAUGUAAAAGUGACCUAAAAGAAAGGCAAAAAUCAGGAUUAAAAAGAAGCUGACACUAUGAGAACAAAGUAAUACGUUAAACGAAAUAAGACUCCCCAGCCAGAGAGACCUGGAAGUACAGCCUCCCUCCACCCUUCCUCCCCCCCCUUUUUCUCCUACUUUUUCCUACUUUUCUUAGCCAUAUUGUUCACCCACUUUUUUGUAAAGAAAAACAAGUACCGGUACUCUCUCUUUUCUAGAAUCUUUUAUUAUCAAUAAAAAUCAGUUACAAAAAAAGGAAAAAAGAAAUGACCAUUAAAGGGAAAUGCAUAUCCUUUUAUUUUAUCUACUUUUGAGAACCUUAGGCAGAUUGUUAUG